CAGUCCUCAGAAGUUCCGAACGGUAACUCCGAGAAGAUAGUGGUGUCAUGUUCCAUUUUUUUGACCAUCUAGAGAGUGAUGGUUGAUUCACAUCGUAUUCUUUCAUUUCUCCGAGUCAAGACGCGAGUCAGAACGCAAGUCAGAACGCAAUAUUGUAGGGUGGAAAGCUUGAUGUUGUAUCGAACAAGCUGCUAUCAAUCCAACUUCAUACAAGCCUAUCUUUGAACCAUUUUCGGUCCAAUCGAACUCAAUCCUGUUCAAUUCAAUCUACCAACGACCAGGAAUGCAAUGGCGCCGACGUUUUCUGCUCUGGAUUUGUGGGAUCCACGCACCGGACAUGCAUCCACCGGAAAUGCAACUCUAGAAAACAGCCCUCGCGGCCUCCGCAACCCCACCCCUUCGCGAUUCGUCGGAUGCGAGAACGACACGAUUUGCGACGACUGGUACGCCACCGACGACUGCGACUGCGACUACGGCACCCUCGCCAUCGCAAGGGACGCACCGCCGGGAUUCGGUUCCGCCUUUUUGUGCUCCGGGAUCGCCCUCGUCGCCGUCGUCCUGGGGUCGGUCUUGGUGGCUUCGGUUCGACACGGCCGAAGGGGGGGGCGAUCCGGGGACACGGUGGCCACGAGGGACGACGUUUGCGGCGGCGAAAGCAUCGGCGGCAUCGACGACGACGACGACGACGACCAAGGGGACGAGGAGGAGAACCGCUUCACCAAGCAAAGCUUSGGUGUUGGGUUCGGCGACCGGGCCGCUCAAGGGGUCGACCCAGCACACCGAAGGGAUCCCUCGGUGGCCCCCGGCCGUUCGAGGGCCACCGGGGAACGCCGCCGCGAUCGUUAGGUUAGGUUAGGCACGGCCCGGACGUGCCGGCAGGAUUCUCCACCGCUUCCGGCACGGCAAGCCCAUUCCGAGGAAUUCAAUUCGGGAUCGACGAACCGAACGGAACCGAACGACCGGGCUGGCUGGCUCGAUCGUGAUCGCCGGGCACCGGAGCAAAGGCACAAGCAAACCACCCCGAGUGGCUGUGCGUACGGAAGGGGGAGGGCAAAAACCCGGGGAGGCCAUGGCACCGCACGGUGCUACCCGAGUCGGUGCCGUGUGGUGCUCUGCCUGUCGGGCUCCGCGCCACGCAUGGGUGCCACGGCCCUGCGAAUCCAACGCCACAAUCCAUUGCAGCUGUCUCGUGAUGGCAGCGGAUGGCUGAAUUGCCACCCACGGAGCUGCUGUCGCUUCCUACCUCUACUGGUAGUAUUUCGUGUUGGCCAUCCCGCCUUGCGACCGGGGCAAUCAAAAUUUUGUACGAAAAUUACUGGCACGAGAACCAACUCAUUGCAAGACUACGAACUAAGCACGGUGUUUUCGCACAUACCGAGGAAGAAGUUCGAUUCAAAUAUUAGUCCUACAUACACCAGAUAAUGUAAUAAUAUCACCUUUUUGGU